GGGUAGAGUUAGACGCGGGUGGCGCGCCCAGAGAGCUAGCGGCGCGGUGCGGCGCGGCGGCAGAGGUUUUGGUAUGAACAGGAUUCGGAUCCACGUCUUGCCGACCAAUCGGGGGAGGAUCACCCCAGUGCCCAGGUCCCAGGAACCCCUGUCUUGUUCAUUCACUCAUCGCCCAUGCUCGCAACCUCGCUUGGAGGGGCAGGAGUUUUGCAUUAAGCAUAUCCUUGAAGACAAGAAUGCACCCUUCAAGCAGUGUAGUUAUAUAUCAACGAAGAAUGGAAAAAGAUGUCCCAGUGCUGCACCAAAGCCUGAGAAGAAAGAUGGCGUGUCUUUCUGCGCUGAACAUGCCCGUAGGAAUGCCCUGGCACUUCAUGCUCAAAUGAAGAAGACCAAUCCAGGGCCUGUGGGUGAAACACUCUUGUGCCAGCUAAGCUCUUACGCUAAGACAGAGCUGGGGUCUCAAACUCCAGAAAGUAGCCGCAGUGAAGCUAGUCGAAUUCUGGAUGAAGACAGCUGGAGUGAUGGGGAGCAGGAACCCAUUACUGUGGAUCAGACAUGGAGAGGUGACCCUGACAGUGAAGCUGAUAGCAUAGACAGUGAUCAAGAAGAUCCCCUAAAACAUGCUGGUGUCUACACAGCAGAAGAAGUUGCUCUGAUAAUGCGUGAGAAGCUAAUUCGUUUGCAGUCUUUGUACAUCGAUCAGUUUAAACGACUUCAACAUCUGCUCAAAGAGAAGAAGAGACGUUAUUUACAUAAUCGUAAAGUGGAACAUGAAGCUCUAGGUAGUAGUCUCCUGACUGGCCCAGAGGGACUUUUGGCCAAAGAACGAGAGAACUUAAAGCGUCUGAAGUGUCUUCGGCGGUAUCGCCAGCGUUACGGAGUGGAAGCCUUAUUACACAGGCAGCUGAAGGAACGCAGAAUGCUGGCCACAGAUGGUGCUGCCCAACAGGCUCACACGACUCGUUCCAGUCAGAGGUGCUUGGCCUUUGUGGAUGAUGUUCGUUGUUCCAAUCAGUCUCUUCCAAUGACCAGACAUUGCCUUACCCAUAUUUGUCAGGACACGAAUCAGGUUCUCUUCAAAUGCUGCCAGGGGUCUGAAGAGGUACCCUGCAACAAACCAGUUCCUGUAAGCCUCUCUGAGGAUCCCUGCUGCCCACUGCAUUUCCAGUUGCCUCCUCAGAUGUAUAAGCCCGAGCAGGUACUGUCUGUGCCAGACGAUCUGGAAGCCGGCCCCAUGGAUCUGUACUUGAGUGCUGCUGAGCUUCAGCCCACUGAGAGUUUACCUCUGGAGUUCAGUGAUGACUUGGAUGUUGUGGGUGAUGGUAUGCAGUGCCCUCCUUCACCCUUACUUUUUGAUCCUUCACUAACCCUUGAAGAUCAUUCAGUCAAAGAAAUUGCCGAAGGCCCGGUGGAUAUUCUGGCAAGUGAAGGACAACCCCAUCCAGGCACAGGGCCAGAUGCAGAUGGCUGGAGAUGGGUGCAGAUCACAGGGGUCUCGAAAUUCUGAGAAAGCCUCUGCACCACUGCCUCAGAGCGGAGUGGCUACUACAAAUGGGAAGCCAGAACCCUCUUCUAUCAGUUGAUGAUUUGUUUUGGAAACCAUUUAUCUGACUUUGGUGGAUUUGAAUUUUCCAUUCUUUUAAACAAGUAUUUAUGACUGUCUCUCACUGAAGGACACCUCCGACUAUGGCAUUUUUCCUCUGGGUUAUUGAGUGCUGUAGUCAAACAUAAACCAGAUUUGUUGCGGGGGGACCAAGAGUGUCUUCCCAGUCUGCGCAGGGAAGAGAGAGAUAGGUGAUUCCUGUCAGAGCUGCUGGGACUGAGAGUAUUUGGGAUUGUGCCUAAGGGAGAGACAUCUUUGUAAUGGGAAUUCCCAGGUCCAGGCACAAAUACGCAUAGGUGUUUAGGUAGGAGAUGUGUGUACCUUUGGGUUAUUAAUGGAACCCAGUGUCUGAUUAUCUCUAUCUAAUGGCCUGUGUUUUAGCCUUUCUUCACCUCUUACCUGAUUGGUAAUCUGAACCCCUCCUUCCUCCACUGAACUCUGACCUAUCAUCUCUGAGAAUAGCCCACAGGACUGGGCCCUCUUUAAUCAUCCAUCUUGCUUCUAACCUAUGUAAAUUUCUGUAGUGGCUAUCUUAUGUAAAAUAUAAUAAAAAUUAUUGUAUAUAGUUUCUAUUAAAUGUUAAAAUGUUAUGAAAAUGUAAAACAA